AUGACGCAAAUCAGUGGGGAGGUCGUCCACGGGGACGUCGAAUACGACGGGCGAGUCAUACUAUACAUCAUUGAAGCCGAUGAGACGUCAUACAUCAACUACAUCAAGCCCAUCAUCCUGGCAAAGGAGCUCGGCCUUCCUCACGUCCUCUCCGUGAUCGAUACGAAAUCGCAAUGGUACUACCAGAUACACCCCGAGCGAUACGUACCCGCACUCAAAGACCGUGAUCCAAAUACGCAGCAGGAUGUGAUUGUCUUCGAAGGAACAGCUUGCAUCCAAUAUCUGGCGGAUCAAUACGACUCUGACGGGCAAUGGGCCGGACAAACCGCAUGGGAAAAGGGCCAGGUUCUGUCCUGGACAGCUUACCAAACGGCUGGUUUGGGGGCAACGGCCAAAUACUGGCUAUAUUUUCUCCGGGGAUAUCCUAGUCGCAAAGAAUCUAUCCAGUUACCCCGGACCAUUGAAAACAAUUGUCUCCAACAGUGGGAUAUCCUCGAAAAAAGACUUGCGCUCCCCGGACAGAAUUACAUCGCCCUCCCGAAUCGGCCCACUUUAGCCGACCUGUCAUAUUUCCCGUUUGCUAUGCCAUGGAUGUUUACAUUCUUGGGAGUGAAAAUUCAGGACUGGCCCCACAUCGAGGCGUGGAGUGAGCGGAUGCUAGCACGACCAGCAGUUCAAGAGAUCUUAGAAGCAGCACCAACCUACGGACACUGA